CUCUACUGGGCAUGCUCCAUCCGGUUUGGAACAGGAGCAGAGAGGGUCGGUGUGAAUAACAGGCAGUUUGGGCGUUUUUUGUUGUUUUUUUUACGAGGCUCGUCGCCCUCUUCAUCUUUGAUUCUCCGCAUUUGGUCUGGCGGCAGAUCCAGAAAGAGGAUCAUCCUCCCUUUAAUCUGAUGUGGGGGUAGCUCUCCGCCUGAUCGCGCAUGAAUGACAGCGGAGAGCAAAAUAUGAUCUGAUGUGAUCUGCUGAGACAAAGAGCUGCUGUGUGAGGCGGCGGCGGCGUCGUCCAGAGAGCGCGGGAGGGAGCGGGCUGUAGCUGCGCGUGAAGGAGGUGAGUCUGUAGGCAGCGCCGAGUCUCCAUCUGGCGCUGUCCGCUCAGCACCAGCGCAGUCACCUUGCCGUGUCACGAACCACAGGCGACCCGCUGGAUCCGAUGAACUGGGCUGGGAACCGCCGCCGCUUGUGCUCUUGCAAUAUGUGCACAUCUCGGAUCUUGGCAGCGAUGUGACGUCUGUUCCCAUAAAGUCAUCCCAUUGGCUGCACUCCUUUUGGAAGUCGAUUCUAUACGUUCAGCAGAGCCUGGCAUUAGAAACAAUUUAAAGAUCCAGGUGCACGUCAGGUGCUGGUAAGGAAAUACAGGGAACACAGGGAAUGCAUGCCAAACAUUCCUGAUUUCUCCCCCCCAACUGGCGACCGGUUGCUUUUGUGCGUAAUUGCUGUGCGCUGUUAUAAACGUACGCCUAGACUGACCUUUGCAAUGAGGGGGACUUAGUGGAGAAAUGCCUAAGGGACGCGAUGGGCCUGAGCGACGACAAGGAUCGCAUUGUGAUAAACGUGGGAGGGAUCAAACAUCAGACAUACCGCAGCACCCUGCGCACCCUACCUGGAACCCGCUUGUCCUGGCUGGCCGAGCCUGAUGCACCCAACCACUUCGACUACGAUGCCAAGAUCGAGGAAUUCUUCUUCGACCGCCACCCGGGCGUUUUUGCGCACAUCCUUAACUACUACAGGACAGGUAAACUGCACUGCCCGGCCGAUGUCUGCGGGCCGCUUUAUGAGGAGGAGCUGGCUUUCUGGGGCAUCGAUGAGACAGACGUGGAGCCAUGCUGCUGGAUGACCUAUCGACAGCACCGGGAGGCAGAGGAGGCCCUUGAUAGUUUCGGCGGAGGGGGUCUGUUAGACCUGGGGAGCGAGGAUCCGGAGCCAGAGCCGGAGCAUGAGGAUGAUGAUGAGAUGACAAGGAGGCUGGCGCAGGGAGACUCACCUGAUGUGAGGAGCGGCAGCCUGUGGAGCCGCUGGCAGAAGCGGGUCUGGGCUCUGUUUGAGGAUCCAUACUCUUCAAAAUAUGCAAGGUGGAUCGCUCUGGCCUCUCUCUUCUUCAUUCUGGUAUCCAUCACCACCUUCUGUCUGGAGACCCACGAAGCCUUCAACCCGAUCGUGAACCGCACAGAGACGGAGUGGGUGAACAACGAAACAGUAGUCAGCACGUACCAAGAGACGGAGACGGCGGCCUACCUCACCUACAUCGAGGGAGUCUGCGUGGUCUGGUUCACUUUUGAAUUUCUGAUGCGAAUAACUUUCUGUCCCAACAAAUUUGACUUCAUUCGGAACGCGCUCAACAUCAUCGACUUUGUGGCCAUCCUGCCCUUCUACCUGGAGGUGAGCCUCAGCGGGCUCUCCUCCAAGGCAGCUAAAGACGUGCUGGGAUUCCUGAGAGUGGUCCGCUUUGUGCGGAUCCUGCGUAUCUUCAAGCUAACCCGUCACUUCGUGGGGCUGCGCGUGCUGGGUCACACUCUGAGGGCCAGCACCAACGAGUUCCUCCUCCUCAUCAUCUUCCUCGCGCUGGGCGUCCUCAUCUUUGCCACUAUGAUCUACUACGCAGAACGCAUUGGAGCUGACCCCAAUGACCCGAGAGCCAGCGACCAUACACAGUUCAAGAACAUCCCGAUCGGAUUCUGGUGGGCGGUGGUGACGAUGACUACCCUCGGCUACGGAGACAUGUACCCUCAGACAACCUUUGGCAUGCUAGUCGGAGCCCUGUGCGCCCUGGCAGGUGUGCUGACCAUCGCCAUGCCGGUACCGGUAAUCGUCAACAACUUUGGGAUGUACUACUCCCUGGCAAUGGCUAAACAGAAACUACCAAAGAAAAAAAACAGGCACAUCCCCAGAGCACCCCAACCAGGCUCUCCUAACUACUGUAAGUCCAGCAUCACCUCCCAGCAUCCAAGCCCUAUAGCCCACGACGACAUGUUUGAAAUAAAAUUUCAAGAUUCCAAGUUGAACGGGGAAGCGGCUAACGCAGCACUGGCCAACGAAGACUGCCCGCACAUAGACCAGGCCAUAUCUCCGGAGGAGAUCUUCAGCCCCAGCGAGAGAGAGCGGCCCUGCUUCUUGGUCACCACGGCUGAACACCCCAACCACACGGGGGGCAGAGUCAGGAGGGGUUAUGAAAAGCCUUGGAGCCUUAACAGCAUGUCUGGCAUGAGCGGGGAUGCCUCUGGAGUGUCCUCAGUGUCCGCCCUGCCCUGCAGCCCACCCUGUCUAAUGCAGCACUCACAUUCUCCCAUCCCAUCCAUUAUGUAGCAUGGUUGAGUAGCAGACACAAUGCCAUUGGAAGGCCAGUCCACAAUCCUCCUCCUUAUCUCUCCUGUCAGACUUUGCUUUGACACUUGCCUUUUUUUUUUCUUCUCAUUUCUGUUUGUUUUGGUUGUUUCUUUUCCCUGGAACAAUGUAUCUUAACUGUGCUUAAACUUAAGCUUCCCAAGUGAUCCACUUGGGUGUGUCAUCAUAUCCUAGAGUAGACAACAUUGGCACAUGCCACUCUGCAUGGGUCACUUCAGCUGCAGAACGAAGCGCUGUCCUACUGCAGGCUAACUCCUCCUUUUUUUUUCUUCCUGUGUUGACAUCAUUGCCUGUUGCUCUGUUGCUUUUGAUCUCUCAUAUUCUUCUGCUGAUAAGUUUGAUCUCAUUUGCUUUAUUUUUCUUAGUUUUUUUGUUUUUGUUGUAGAAUUUUGUUGAAAAGUUUUUCAUGAGAUGUAACCCCUGUUGGUAGUAUGCUGGAAAUGAACUCAUUGCUUUGAAACAUAUCCAAAAGCUGUUAAGGCAACUGUCAAGUGCUUUGUGCGUUGCAAAGUAGAGACGUUUUUCAUGCUGAAGUGCAAUCCAGACAAGACUCCAUGUUAACUGACUGGCCAUUAAAAAAAAUAUAUAUAUAUAUGUUAUAUUUGAACGAAAUGUUCACAAUGUCCAAUGCAACAUGGAGAUUAUGACAAUUCAUUUGAUGCCAGUGAUGAAUACAUUUAAUGUCAACAGAACUAAAACUGUUAAUUUGCAUGAACUGCAUGAUAAACCAUGUUCAAUCAGAAGCUAAUUGUAAUGCAUUACCUGUAAAGGGAAAAAAAAGAAUUUAAAAGCUUCCUAAGCUUUGUCAUUCUUAUGCAUUUCAAGACAGCUUUACAAGAGACUCAGUCAUAGCAGAGACUUUUAUGUAGCUGCCAUUCUUUGCCUUUCCCCAACUUUAUACAUUUAUUUUCCCCUGUCUUCAUUUGACCGGGGUCUCCGACAAACACAGAGUUGUUUAACUUGAACAAAGCAAACAAAUGCUCUUGUGAGCACACAUCCUUUUAUAUGACAGUAUUUACUGGUAGUUUAGGGUUUUUAAACUCUGCAAAAAAUACUCUUCAGCAAGUUCUUUUACUGCUGUGCUGCUUGGAGUGAUGCAGGACUCAUGAGAUAUACAGGUGCACCUCAAUAAAUUAAAGAGUUAUAUAUUUUAAUAACUGAAGCCAAAAAGUGAAACUCAUUGUAUAGACUAAUUACGCCCAGAGUGAUAUAUUUCAAACAUUUAUUUCUAUAAAUAAGACCAACAAAAAAAGAAGACAUUUUUAAACUUGAGCCAUGUUAUGACAAUUGUACAGUAGACAGACAUGUCAGACAAGGUAAGCCAACAGAGGUCUACUAAAGACGCUGGUUGUUCCCAGAAGGCUGUACAUUACAGAAAGGUUGAGUGGAAGGAAAAUGUGAUUUUAAUAAAAUAAAAUAAAAAGUUUACAAGCCAAAGGGAUAUUUACAGCCUUGGGAGGAUUGUGAAGCAACCCCCAUACUGAAGUUUUACUGCAGCUAUAGAGUCAAGAGCCACCACCACAGAAAUAGGCCACAACUGCUGCCAUCCUCCUGUUAAGCCAGCCAUGGACCAGAGAUGAAUUGUCUUGAAUGGGAAAAAAGGAGGAAAAAAAUAUGGAUCGUUGGUCAAUAGUCAAAUAUACUCUUUUCAGGUGAUUUGAUGUUUUUAGAUCGUUUCAGUGAAUUUUACACAUCAUUUGGAAUAAAGAUCCCAGGGUCUGGAGGAAGAGUAGAGAGGCAAUCAAGUGACUUGAGGUCCAGUGGGAAGUUUCCACAGUCAGCGAUGAUCGGGGGAGCCAUGGCAUCCGCUGGUGUUGGUCCACUGUGUUUUAUCAAGCCCAAAGUCAGAGCAGUCAUCCAUUAGGAAAUUUUAGAGCGCUUCACGCUUCGUUCUGCUGACAAACUUUAUGGAGAGGCUGAAUUCAGGACUUGGCUCCGGCUAUACCAGAAAAUUCACCGGAUCUGAAACCUGUAGAGCAAGUUUUCUGCAAUGCAGGCCAAAAUCGAUUAUUUGAAAGUGCUUGUUGACCACAAAAAA